AUGGCGGUCUUCGUGUCUGGAGCUAAUGCGUCCGUGAUGCUUGGAGAACAAAGAGCCACGGUCAAUCUGGACCAGGUUUACGUCAAAUAUCUCUGCCUCGAAAAAUGCGCACCGAACGUACGACAAAAGAAGGGAUUUGAAGAUAUGAAAUGCAAAACACAGUCGUACGUGGCUACGUGGUGUCCUGUGUGCGACAAACGUGUAAGCGAUAAAGGAAGAGACACGAACGGGCUUCUUGCACAUAUUCGUAAAUUUCACCCGAAACGUUCUAACCAAUAUUUCCCUCAGAAGACGGAGGAGUCGAAAGCAGCGUCGAAACAAACAUCGGCGUCAAAUUGUAUCGGCGACACGGACUGCAACACUCGGAAAAGCGAGCAACGAAAAAUUUACGCUACUCGUGUGGACACAUGGAAGUCUCACAACGAGAGAAAGAUUUGCCCUCGGUGUAAAAAGGAAGCAAUACCGACGCUUCAUGCUCGGGGAGACAAGUUGACGACCUCGCAUAUUGGAGCUUUGUGCCUUUUAGGAUGUUGGCCGCUUUGCUUUGUCCCAUUGAUAAUGAGGCGCGCGAAGAAAGUACGAAUGAUCUGUCCUCUGUGCGGAUACAUGUACGGAAAUUUUCAAUACAAGAACACCGGUUUGGCACCGUGCAAAACAGAUUCUGAAGACUCGCAAGCACGUCUCUCGUCACCGCCGAGAAGCUUCCGUUUAUGCGCGACGAAACAAGAACGUAAACACUGACGACAAUGUAUUCUGAUUAAAAAUUCGUGUAACAAAAUAUAAUUGUGUGGUUUAGUAAUUACGUAUAUGGAAUAAUAAUUUCUCUAAUAAAACAGUUUAACAAUUCAA